UUCUAUAUAUAGUUCCAUCUACUUUAUGUUUAAAAUUUGUUAUCAGAAAAUACAAGUAAACUAAUUAUAUUACCAGUUGUUUUAUUUUUUCAAGUUGUCUUCUAUAUCUAUAUUUAUUAUAAUAAUUGAAAACUUAUGAUACAUAAUUUGUUUUCCUUAGUGAAUUAUAAAAACAUUAAUAUGUAUACAAAACUUGAAAUUUAUGCUGGAUAAUAUUAUGUUAGACUUACUUAGUUUCUACAAAUAUAUUAUAACAGAAACAUGAUUUAUAUCUUGUAUUUAAUUCAAAUGUAUUUUUACUAGUUGAAUAUUUUUAUAUCUUAUCUAAUAGAGCUCAUUAAAGUUAUUUUUUUAAUUAUUCAUAUAAAUAACAUAACAGUUUAUAAUAAAAAUUUGAUUAUGUAAGAAAACUAAUAUCAUUUUCAACUGUGUAGAUAUGGCGUCUAACCGUGGACAAAACGUGAACUCCAGUACACGUCAUACAGAAACAUCAACACGGGUAAAAUAUUUACUAUUAUAUUUAAAAUUUAAAAUUAGUAGUUUUGUUAGAAAUUAGUGAAUAAUAUAUUUUUAUUUUUUAAAAAUUUUAGAGUGAAGAAUAUUUGAAAUGGGAUCAUAGACGAGAACGAAUAUUUAUUGAGUUAUACGACCAAGCACUUGCUAUGAAUUAUUAUCGUCUAAAAGACCCGUCACCACUUGGUAAAGAUUUUAUAGUUGACAAGUUCAACCAAGAAUUUAAUCUUGAUAUAAACUAUAAGUUCUUCAGAGAAAAACUUGAUCAAAUGAAAAGAAAGUACAAGAAGUAUACGGGGCUUAUGCAAAACUCUACGGGUAUCUCAGUUGAUCCGGUUACAUCUGUAAUUUCUGCAUCUGAUUCGUGGUGGAAAGAUCGUGAAGUUUGUAGGAUUAUAAAAUCAUUUAAGCGAAAACCACCAGAGUUUUGGGAUAUUAUGCAACGGUGUUUUAAAUUAUAUGAUGUCUGUUCGCAAUCUCAAUACUCUGUGAACCAAAGAAGAGAAGAGAUGAUGAACGAGGGCCUAGCUAAUGAUGAAAGUCAUAUGGAUUCAGAAACAUUUGCUGAUGAUAUGCCACAAACUCAAGUUCCAGAGACACAAGAAAGUGAAGAGGUGUAUCGUGUUAACAUUAGUGAUCAAACACGACCUUCUAGUGAGUUUAGUCGUGAACCCAUCCGCCAAGGUUCUCCACCUGAGCUUUCGUUUCAGAAUAAUGCUUCCAGAGGUCAACAACAAGGAAGAACAAGACGUGAAAGUGGUGCAACUAGAGUUGGUGGAAGUUCACGAGCCCCUGCAAGGACCAGUUCACGAGGAAGUCGGAAAAAACAAUCUUUUCAGACAACUCUAACAGAUACGAUGGAUGGUUUUAGAGAAUUUCAACGCCAAAGUUUACAACAACUGCGUCCAGAUUUUUUCGAUCAAGAUAAUUACGAUGAAUGCGAAAGGGCUAUCAAGAUAUUUGAAUCGAUGGAAGUUCCAAAGAAUACUGAAUUUUAUUGGGCAUGCAUUCAAGCAUUCAAAGAUGACAGAUUUUGGCGAAAGUAUUUCAUUGAUAGACCUGACAACAGUAUUGAAGAUAAGCUACAGUUUUUGCAAGCUCUAACUGGAUAUACACGAGACAGCGAGUUUGUUGGAAAGCGGUUAGCCUCGGGUCAGAAUUCUGGAAACCCAAAUUUAAGUGGUAAUUUUUCUGGUAGUCCAUCUUCCGGUGGAAAUAAUUCAUGGGGUCGAACUUCAGGUGAACCAUUGGGCAACGUUUCUCAGCAAUGGGGUACACCUCCAAAUGCUCCGCAAUAGGGUUCAUCAUCAAAUGUUCCACAAUGGGGUACACCUCCAAAUGCUCCGCAAUGGGGUUCAUCAUCAAAUGUUCCACAAUGGGGUACACCUCCAAAUGCUCCACAAUGGGGUUCAUCAUCAAAUGGUUCACAAUGGGGUUCAUCAUCAAAUGUUCCAUGGGGUACACCUCCAAAUUCUCAGCAAUGGGGCUCAUCACCAAAUGUUCCA